AUGGCCUCCCUCACAGACCCAACCAACUCAACUCGCUCAACUCCAACCAUCCCAGCCACCUCCGCCACCCUCCAACUCGGCAGCUCAACCACCAUCUCCGCACCUUCUUCCAAGGUCUGGUCCGCCCUUACAAACACCUCAACAUGGCCCGACUGGAACUCCUUCGUGCCGCGUGUAACCAUCCUCUCGCACCCCGGCUCUGAAUCCUCUGAUUCACCGCUCUCUCCAACUCUGCAGAAGGGGACGCGAAUGAUCUUCCACGUCCGUAUGGAUCCUACCUCGAGCAAGCCCCAAGCUGCAACAGAUGUCAAUCUUGUUGUUACGGAGUUUGUGGAGCCGAAUGUCGAAGAGAAUGGUCCUGGAAGAAUUGUUUGGGCUUCUGAUUUCGAUGCGCCGGGGACUAUGGCGCGUUCGCUUUUGAAUGCGGAGAGGGUUCAUGAGAUUAAGGAAGUGGAGGGUAGGACGGAGGUAAGGAAUUGGGAGUGUCAGGUUGGGUGGGUGGUUUAUGCAGUGAAGUGGAUGUAUGGGGGGAAGCUGAGACAUAACUUUGAUUUGUGGGCGAAUGAUUUGAAGAAAUUUGUUGAGGCUAGUUCUUAA